UCUGCCUGGAAAAGAUGGCUCUUUUCGGAUCCGGCAUAGCCAGUGAGGUCGGGCUUCGGCUGCUCCUUUGUCCUCUGGGCUCUAACGUUGUGAUUCGAACAGCGUGUUGUUCUGUGGGGAUUGUUGUGCCGGUGUACUGUACGUGCAAGGCAAUUGAGAGGAAAGAUGAUCCUGCGCAACAAAAGUGGCUUCUUUAUUGGGCAGCUUAUGGAUCUUUCAGCCUUGUGGAGAUAUUUUCGGAUAGGCUUAUAUCUUGGUGCCCAUAUUACUAUCACAUGAAGUUCGCCUUUCUUGUUUGGCUCCAACUUCCAUCUGCUGAUGGGGCAAAGCAGUUGUACAUGAACCACCUACGCCCGUUCUUUUUGAAGAACCAAACGAAAAUUGAUCGAAUUUUGGGCCUUACAUAUGGUGAAUUGCUCAAACUCAUUAGUGCACACCAAGGAGAGAUCCAGUAUGCUAGGGCUAUGUUCCUGAAAGUUUUUGGUUCAGAUCAAAUGCCGAGGGGCAGGGCUAAUACAGAUCUGCCACAAGACAAUGCAAUUGAAGGGGAGCCUAGACCAACCACAGAGUCUGACUCUGGUCUAGAUGAUUAGUUCUCCAUAAAAAGUCCAAUGUGCAUAGUUUGAACUCUUUUUCUUCCUCUUGUAAGGGUAAAAAAGAAGAGAUGAGAGAACUAUUCCCUGCUCUCUUGUGAUAAAGUAGCAGUAGAUUGGUCGUCUUAUUUUAGUUAGUAUUUUGCUGUGGUACAACUGGGUUUUUAUUUUGUGUUCUAGUGGCGAAUUGCUGAGGUUCGUUGAGAAAAUAUUGUAUUCAAGUUAUUAUGGUGAGGUAGGCACUUUCAGCCUCUCUUGCUUACGAAAUAGUUUGUCCUCU